GUAUUCCAGUUAAAAAUCUGUGGAAUUAAAAUAUUUAAACGAUUAUACAUUUUAAGGAACACAUAUCUCCAAUACGAGGAAAACAUCCGGAAAUUUGAAUGCGACUAAAUGGGAGAUUCUGCUUUCUGAGCCGACAAGCUCCCCCUUGAUGAUUAACUAUAUGUACCAUAGAUACAGCAAUUAGCUCGCAAAAUAAGCCGCACAAUAAUUUAUUUUCUAGAAGUGGUCCCGGUUGCGCCUUUAGAGAAAGGGAGGUGUGGCUAUAUCAGUUUCUCCAGUGUCACUCAAGGGAGGAGAUGGCAACGUACGAAAAUGCAGCAUUUUUAACAGCCUUAGUCAAUGAUCGGGUAAAUUGUGAUGUAUAUUAAAAUACCAACCUACUCAGUUAGAGUGAUCAAUGAACUAUUUGAUCAUCUCGGCCUGGGUUGGGAGAACAAACGUGAGAGGCACCGAUGUCGCCAAAAAUGAUGGGAUCUUUUUGUUAGGAUGAGAAGUCCAGUGCCACGCUUUAGGGACGUUGAAAGGCAGGCCAGUGGCAUGCAGCCCGCACAGUGUCUUCCUCCUUGUCAUGAGCGACCGAACAACAUGUGGUUCAUCCGAGAUGCCUGCGGCAUCAUUUGUGCAAUUAUCACCUGGCUUCUCGUCUUCUUUGCUGAGUUUGUCGUGCUGUUUGUCAUGCUUAUCCCAUCGAAGAACUUGAUCUACAGCCUGGUGAAUGGCACCUUGUUCAAUAGCCUGGCCUUCCUCGCCUUGGCAUCUCAUUUCAGGGCCAUGUGCACUGACCCGGGAGCUGUGCCAAAGGGAAAUGCCACUAAGGAGUACAUCGAAAGCUUGCAGCUGAAGCCAGGCCAGGUGGUUUACAAAUGUCCCAAGUGCUGCAGUAUUAAGCCAGAUAGAGCUCACCACUGCAGUGUCUGUAAGCGCUGUAUACGGAAGAUGGACCAUCAUUGCCCUUGGGUAAACAAUUGUGUUGGGGAAAAUAACCAGAAAUACUUUGUGCUUUUCACAAUGUACAUUUGUCUGAUCUCUCUGCAUACCUUGGUCAUGAUGGUCUUUCAUUUUCUCUACUGCUUUGAAGAUGACUGGACAAAGUGCAGUACAUUCUCCCCUCCCGCCACUGUCAUUCUCCUCAUCCUCCUGUGCUUUGAGGGCCUCCUCUUCCUCAUCUUCACCUCUGUGAUGUUUGGCACCCAAAUCCACUCUAUCUGCACAGAUGAAACGGGCAUAGAGCAGUUGAAAAAGGAAGAGAGAAGAUGGGCUAAAAAAACAAAAUGGAUGAACAUGAAGGCGGUAUUCGGACACCCCUUCUCAAUAGCAUGGUUUAGCCCGUUUUCCACACCCGACCACGGGAAAGCUGAACUCUACCAGUAUGUGGUCUGAGCUCAGGAAUAUUUUAACUAGAUCCUGGAGGGCACUUGGACUGACCUUAUAAUCUAUCGCAUCAGCGUUUUUUUUUUUUUUUGUAUUCUAAACCUUGAGACUCUGCUCACCAGUGAGGCUAAAUCAUCUUUAUCAUUUUUUAGGGGAACAAAUCAUUGCUCAUCCAAUUAUCUUUGCCUCCAUUCAUUUUCAUUAAACAGAAAGUGGAAGCUGUACAUUUAUCAUGUCUCAGUCAGAAGCAUCUCUGCCUAGCUAUACUAAAAUGAAGAUGAAUGAUGUUGAGAUAUUAGAAGCCAAUGUAUGCUAAUAUAAUUACUACUUCAGAAUGUUGCCAGACUUUUCUAUUGUGACCUUCUUGCUGAGAGUACUUAUAAACUUUCUUUUAAUUCUUCUUACCUACUUUUAAAUUUAAAAUCUAACCCUCCUGGUUAAAAAGAGCACUGACAACUGUUCACUAAAAUGGUAUAUUAUGCACACAGUUACAAGAGAUAUUUAAUAUGGAUCUAUUAACUUGGGCUCUACACUCAAAAAAUAUUUUAACCUUUUUUAUUUUAUGGAUUUCUAUUGAAAAUUGAUUUGUGUAAUUUUCAACAAAUUUAAAUGAGUAAUAUUAUUAUUAUUAUUAUUAUUAUUAUUAUUAUUUUUAUUUUUUAUUUUUUUUGUUAAAGAUUACUCAAUUCAAUUUGGUAGAAUUUUCUUGGGAAAUUUGAAAUGAUUUUUCUUUUUUUUAUUAGUGUCAACAUAAUAGUACAGUAUAAACAAUAUGGCAAGCUUAAUUAGGGGUGUAAAUAUUUGCUUUGACAACAAAUAGAUUCUAUUAAGGCUAAAAAAUUAUACAUCACGAAAUCUGAAAUUUGACGACAAAGGUUAAAUUUGAUUAAAUUAUUUUUUAUGAUUCAUAAAUACUUUGAAAUAUAUGAUGAAGACACAAAUUUAACUGGAGGGUUUUAGCUAUAUUAUAUACUAUUACUAUAGUUGAAUAUUGACAAAAACAAUACACCAAGUGUUACAUCAACACAAAUUGUAUUUUGGAUUAGAAAUGAAUGCAUGAGGCAGAUAUUAUUAGCAGAUAUGCAUUAACUUUAUAUUAUCAGAUCAUUUUUACACAAUAAUGCCAUUGAAACAGUAAUUGUCUUACAAAUUUAAAUAUAUUAUGCUUUGAGAUAUUAUGGGCAAUUAUACACAUCAUUUUAUGUAAAAAUAGCUCUUUUACCAAUUAGAAGCUCUUUGUUAAUUUCUAUUUACCUAACUAAUACGUAACUUCUAUUACCUAUUGCAGAAAAAAUUAUUGUCUUUUUUUUUAAGAGUUGUUUUACUUCCUAUGUUUCAGUACACUUGGUUUGAAGAAUGGCUGGAGAAGAAAAAGACUUGUUAUUGAAAUAUUCUGUAUUUUCUCUGGGUUUGUACAUGACAGAUAAAAAAUGUGUUUUGGGUUGUUCAUUGAUUAACCAUUGUUGCCAUUGUUUUGGUUACUUGCAUAUAUUUUACAUUUUAUUAAUAUACAUUUUUGUUAUGAUGAAUGAAUGAAAUAUGCUUAACUUUUAAGUGUGUUGAAAAAGACAAUCCUUUUGUUCUUUGAAAAAUGGCAAAUUAAAAACCUAAAAAACCUUGGAUGUUGAAACGGUCAUUAGUCCUGUAGGAUUACACUAUAUCACAACAACAUUGUUUAACAUUUGAUUUCUUUGCUCCGAAAAUGGAAUUACAGGAAAAGCAAGCUGAAAACAGCAUUUACAUUGCACAAUAACUGUGUUGUAAUCUCUCAAGAGGUCCAAAUAUUAAAAAAAUGUGCUUGGUUUGUAUCUUCCUCCCUACUUCUUCUUCCUCUGUCACUAAGCUACUUUUUGCCCUGAAUAUUUUUUCAUCUCUUAUAUGCGUGUGGUUUUAUGAAUGGUUCUGUUGCUCAGUAAUUUCCAAGGAUUCUUUCUAUCUACAUUAUGUAUCUUUAUGAGAUUUAAAAUGAAUGAAAAAAAAAGAAGCCUCUAAUCAUAUUUAAUAUUUAAUUCAUAAAACAUAUUUAGGCCUGAUGUCACUGUUUGAUUGGUGUGAUAUAGAGGUAAGCUUUGAUCACUGUCAGUGUAAAACCAGUUCCAACACAGCCUAUGUUCUUAUUGCCUGAACGCAUGCUAUUUGAAAUGGUAUGCUACUUUUUUUUUUUAAUUUUUUUUUUU